AUGCCGGAACUCGUGCAGAAGCACCUGGCGGUGCAGGACCUGAGCAAGCUCAAGCUGGAGGAGCUGACCCCGCUGACGCCCGAGGUCAUCAGUCGCCAGGCCACGAUCAACAUCGGCACCAUCGGCCACGUCGCCCACGGCAAGUCGACGGUGGUCAAGGCCAUCUCGGGCGUGCAGACGGUGCGCUUCAAGAACGAGCUGGAGCGCAACAUCACCAUCAAGCUGGGCUACGCUAACGCCAAGAUCUACCGCGCCGAGAACGGCACGGGCAUCGGCUGCUACCGCGCGUUCGGCAGCUCCAAGCCCGACCGCUUCACGGAUGAGAACGACGACAAGACGGUCUGGGUGCUGCAGCGCCACGUCUCGUUUGUGGACUGCCCCGGUCACGACAUUCUCAUGGCUACGAUGCUUAACGGCGCCGCCGUCAUGGACGCCGCCCUGCUGCUGGUCGCCGGUAACGAGGUGUGCCCGCAGCCCCAGACGUCCGAGCACCUGGCCGCUAUUGAGAUCAUGCGUCUACAGAACAUCAUCAUCCUGCAGAACAAGGUGGACCUGAUCAAGGAGGACGCCGCCGUGGCCCAGCACGAGCAGAUCAAGAAGUUCGUGGCCGGCACGGUCGCCCACGACGCCCCCAUCAUCCCCAUCUCGGCCGUGCUCAAGUACAACGUGGACGUGGUGUGCGAGUACAUCUGCCGCAACAUCCCCAUCCCGAAGCGCGACUUCACGUCCAAGCCCAAGCUCAUCGUCAUCCGUUCGUUCGACGUCAACAAGCCCGGCGAGGACGUGGAGAACCUCAAGGGUGGUGUCGCUGGUGGCUCCAUCCUCGAGGGUGUGCUGCGUGUCGGCGACGAGAUCGAGGUGCGCCCCGGUAUCGUCAGCAAGGACGAGGAGGGCAAGAUGACGUGCGUGCCCAUCUUCUCGCGCAUUGUGUCGCUGUACGCUGAGAAGAACGACCUGCAGUUUGCCGUCCCCGGUGGACUGAUCGGUGUAGGAACGCACAUUGACCCGACGCUCACGCGUUCGGACCGUCUUGUGGGCCAGGUGCUGGGUCUCAAGGGCAGCCUGCCGCACGUGUUCACGGAGCUGGAAAUUAACUUCUACCUGCUCAAGCGUCUGCUGGGUGUCAAGACCCAGGAGGGCAGCAAGGCUUCCAAGGUGCAGAAGCUGUCGAAGGCCGAGGUGCUCAUGGUGAACAUCGGCUCCACGGCUACGGGUGGCAAGGUGCUGGCUGUCAAGCAGGAUCUGGCCAAGAUUCUGCUCACGGUUCCCGUGUGCACGCAGGAGGGAGAGAAGAUCGCUAUCAGUCGUCGUAUUGACAAGCACUGGCGCCUCAUCGGCUGGGGACAGAUCCGCCGUGGCAGCCGGAUCGAGAUCGCCGACUCGGAAUAG